AGUCUCAUCAAGGACAUGAUACUUAAGAGGGGGAAGUAUAUAAGUCCUGGUCUGGUUGGCAGGAGAGUCCAGUACACCAUGGCACUUCGGCUUUCUCUUUUUCUCGUGGCACUGUCCACGCUAACUCAUGGAGCCGUUCUCAAAAACGGGGACACAAUUCCGACCUAUGCCAAAGUUUGUAGAAGGUCGCAGAUAGACUUCAACUCCUGCUUCAGAGAGUCACUUCAAAUCGCCAUACAGAAAAUCAGCAAAGAUGGUAUCCGUCAGCUUAAAGUACCCAGCCUUGACCCAUGGAGGGUUGACAAAUUGACAAUUAACUACGGAACGGGUACCCCUUUCAAAGUCAGUAUGCAUGUGAAGAACUCGGACGUUUAUGGAUUUUCUAGACUUCAGAUUCUGAACGUCAGAUCCAACUUCGAUGACCCAGAGGCAAUCUCUAUGGAAAUAGACUUUUCCAACAAGAAAGUGUUCAUUGAAGGAGAUUACAACGCUGAAGGGUUGAUUUCCGACGUUCCAGUCCUUGCCAGUGGCAAAUACAACGUCAGCAUGAGUAAUGUCAGUGGUACCCUUAAAAUAAAAGGCCGCAUUGUCAAAAAAUCCGACGGUGAAGAAUAUCUACAGGUUAUCAGAUCAAACUCAAGGCCUGAUGUCGGAGACAUGGUCAUCAGCAUGACCAACGAGAACAACAAAUACCCCGAACUUCACAAUCUCUUCCUCGUCUUGAUGAACCAAUUCUGGAAGGUGAUGUACGAAGAGCUUCUUCCUUACGCCGAAGAGAACUUCAAUGAAAUCCUUACACCAAUGUUUAACAUGGCCACUUUCAAGAUCCCAUUCAACCAGCUUAUUCCACAAUAAGUAAGGUGCAAUACUUUAAAAAACUAAGAAGUAGAGUGAAUUUUAAUUGUAGUCAUUUUGAGUAAAGCUACAAUUAGAAGAAAACACCUUUUUAAUAAAAUAAAUAUAAACACAAGUCUGUACUUAAUAUGGAGGUGUUUGAACAAAGUAAAUGUUAAGGAUUCCUUUUCUUCUAACUUAUGCACUGAGGUUUUUAAAAACCCUUUACAUACUUUCAUCUUAUUAUAUUUCAAAAAAUUGUCUUUGUAAAAAUACAAUGUUUAAAAAAAAAUAAAAAAAUGUUUGUAAAAUA